UUGCAGGAUAUUUCAUAUUCUUUGAAAUGCAACAGUUUAUAAGUUCCCAGUUUUAAUUUGCAAUUUACACAGUUAUUCCUUAACAGAUUUUUGUAUUUUAAAAAGAUUCACUUAUUUGAUGAUAUACUAUUAUGACAUAUCGGGGAGGCAGUAAUGGUGUAAAUGUGAUGGGUGAAAAUAGCGAUGGAACAUUUAUGGAGCGUCGUAAUGAUGCGCUGGUUGAGAAGUUAUCCGGGAAAGUGGCCGCACUGAAGAAAAUAACAAUAGCAAUUGGUGAUGAUGUACGGGAACAGAAUCGCUUGUUAAAUGAAAUGGAAACAGAUUUCGAUGCAUCGAGAGGUUUGCUGGGUUCAACGAUGCGAAAAUUGAAUCGAGUUGCUAAAGCUGGUGGCAAACAUUUGACAUGUUAUCUUGUCUUAUUUGCUUUAUUCGUUUUCUUGGUAAUUUAUUGUUUAAUUCGUUAGCCAAAUUAAAGAAAUGUAUGCAAUGAGAACCUAUCUCCUUAUGUUUUAUUGUUUUUCUCUUCUGACUGCACUUCACGCUUGUAAAUCCCGCUUAAAACUUCCUUUCCUUUUUUUUUGCGUUUUCUGAAUAUUAGGUAAUUUUAUAGUUGAAAGCGUCUCUGUUCAAAAUUCU